UUUUAUCCAAAAUAAAUAAAUUAAGUGGUCCCAUUUGAAGGGGUUCAUGUGUUAUCAUUGAGUAUUGGGCGAUCACGAUAGAGAAAACGCCAAGUUAUCGUACGAUCGAUCAACAUCCUGCACUUCCCUUUUGACUCUUUGAGUUGCUUCAUAAAUCUCUGGUAGAUUUCAACAGAUAUAUUUCCAGAAAAAGAAAAAAAAAGGGUGAACUAUUUAGUUAAGAAAAGAAAAGAGAAGAAAGUGAGUGGUUAAUCCAUGGAUAACUUCGGGAAACCAAAUUUUUAUAGCACUUGUGCCGGUAAGAAUACUGGAGAAGACAUCCUUCAACGCCCUCACAAGCACAGCUUUAACUCAUAUGAGGGAACUGAUGUUAUGUCCACAGAAGAGGGAACUAUGGAAAUUGUACAACAAAUGUAUAAGAUUGAUGCUCCGUAUUUGAGUGGACAACAUUAUUUCCAAUCAGCAGCAAGUAGUGUACACGAGGAAUGGUCAUUGCCAUCAGCUUCAAUUGUGGGUAAUGCAGAUCAACAAAAAGCUGAAAAGAAGAGAAAAACAGAUAAAGCUUACAGAGAAAGAUGCAAGAAGAAAAACGAGCAAAUGAUGCAAGAAUUGGAGACUCUUGGUAAAGAAAAUGAAGAUUUAAAGACAGAGAACCAAUGUUUGAAGGAGAGGAAUGCUUUUCUAGAUCAAAGCUUGUUAUCUCAAACCAACGAGUUAAACGAGAUCAAAUAUCAACUUGACGACUUGAGACUUAAGAAUGAGACGCAAAAUACACUUGUCCAAAUAUUUUCCGAUCGUCUUGCCAGUCCAGAUCUUUGCCUCCAAAAUGAAAAGCUUAGAGAUGAAAAUUCCCGAUUAAGAGAAAUUUUGAAGUUGAAUGAUGGGGCACUAAAGCUUGUGGAGGAGAAUGGGAAAUUAAAACUUGAGAAUCAGUUACUCCAAGUGAAAAUAGAUGCUUUAUUGGGACAAAUAGUUAAUGAAAAUCGCAAAAGUUGUGGGCAUAAAUGACUGGGACAAGGGGCAUUCAUAAAUGUUGCGAAACCAACCAAGUAGUUUCUUUCGUAAAAUAAAGAAUGGAUUGGGAGAAUGAUGAGAAUGAUGAGGAAGAUGAUUCUUUGUUUGCUUUCUAUGUUAUCUUCCUAAUUGUUAACAAUUUUUUAGCUUAUAAUUUAUAGUUUGUUAUAAAAUUAAAUAUGUUAUUGGUUGAUAUACAUAUAUAUAUAUAUGUAGAUAUUUUGGUUGGUUGAUUACAUUUUCUAGGUUA